AUGCCCCCCUCUAACUUCAGAUACAAGGUCCGAGCUUCCAAGGGUGCUCUCCAAGUACCAUGUGCUCCUGAACUUGCCAAUAUGCUCCAAUGUUUCGCCACUACCGGAGAUUUGAGACAUACGCAAUCGUGCGCGGAUAGCGCAAAGAUGUUGCAUGCUUGUAUGGCUACAGGGAAGGGGAAGGGUGGCAAGCAGGGAAGCUCUAUCAACCACCUUUUGGGCAAGAUCCGAAGAUAG